AUGGAACGCGACCAACCCCCAACACUGCUGCACCUCAACCUCAACCUCAACCUCAACAUCAACAUCACAGCAUCAAACAGCAACAAUGGCUCCCUCCUUCCCGAGGUCUCCGCCCACCUUCCCAGCAUGCACCUCUCGUCUGUGUCGGCCAUGUCACCGUCGGUCUCGUUGGCGUCACCCAGGGGCACCCAUGGGUCGUCUGGGUCGCAGGGGUUGGCACUGUUGGGCCUGCUCCUGAUGGUGCUUCUGAACACAGUGGCGCUGCUCGCCAACGCGGCCGUGCUGGCUGUGGUGGUCCGCGUUUCGCACCUAAGGAGGAGGCUGGUGUACGUGGGCCACCUAUGCGCCGUGGACCUGCUGUGUGCCACGCUGCUCAUGCCCUUAGGCGUGGCUAGCGACUCGCCGCUAUUCUCCUCCGCCUCCGUAGGUGGCGCUAAUGGCGGUGUCGUCGGUGGUGGUGGUGGCGCCUCCGUGCUCUCCUUCUCCCCGCUGGCCUGCCGCCUCUACGUGGGGCUGCACGCUACUCUGGUGGCGGCUUCCAUCUUCUCGGUGACGGCCAUUAGCGUGGAGCGCUACUACUACAUCGUGCACCCCAUGCGCUACGAGGCCCGCAUGACGCCCCGCCUGGCGGCCGCCAUCUUGGCUCUACUCUGGGUGGUCUCCCUGCUGCUGGGCUGCGCCACCAUACUGGGCUGGCCACUGUACGGUUCCUCCUCCUCAUCCUCCUCCUCCUCUUCCUCCUCAGCUGCUGUGUUCUGCUGCUCGCUGCGCUGGGGCCGCGGGCGCCACUGCUGGGGUUUCUCACUGCUCUUCGCCAGCCUGUGCUUCUGUGUGCCCGCCACCGUUAUCCUGGCCGUCUACGGCAACGUGUACAAGGUGGCGCGGGUGGCGGCGCGCCAGCAGAACUGCCCCGUGCCCAGCUGGGCCUGCAACAACAACCCUCCCAGCACUACUAUUAAUACUGCUAAUACUACAGCUGCUGCUGUUGCUGGGGUGGUCAACACCACCUGCCCAUCAAAGUGCCACUCACACACCGACAACCAUCACCACCACCACAGGAGGACGCUCCUGGGGGGCAAGGCGGCGGUGACGCUGGCGGUGAUCGUGGGCCAGUUCCUGCUCUGCUGGCUGCCUUACUUCGCCUUCCACCUGCGCCUCUCUCUGGCGCCCCCCCAGCACAGCGUGGCGGCCGCGGGUAGUGGCGCGGUGGCGCUGGUCAACUGGCUGGCCUACUCCUCCUUCGCCGCUAACCCUUUCUUCUACGGCCUCCUCAACCGGCAGAUCCGCGAGGAGCUGAGCAAGAUGCUGUGCUGCUGUAAACGCCACCAGCACCACCACGGGGGAUUGGCAGCGGUGCGGCCCGUCAGGACAGAAGGGGGCGAUCACGAGGGCAUAACAGGGGCACAACACAACCACGAUCACCAUGACCACCACCGCCACCACCACCACUACUAUACUGACUUCCUGCACUUCCUGCAUCACCACAGACACUAUCCAGAGGCAAUUCCAUCCAAUGGGAAUUGUGCUUUCACCCCCAGGACAACUCUGGACCAAUCGGGUGUCAGGAUACCUGGACAGAUUCCGGAGGAACUGGUGUGA